GGACUACUCCAAAUCCCAUCAUCCUUUGCGCACAUUUUUGUGCAGAAAACAAAAACGCUCCAAAAGUUCUUCACUGUUCUCGACAUCGCGUUCAUCGUUACGUUUUGGGGCCAUAUGUUAUUGUAGGUGGGUAAAGCUGACCAAAAUAUUACAACCUACACCAACGCUUUGCCGUGAGACGUCAAGCAGGAGUGAGUCGGGAGGAAAAUCAACGUCUUAAGUCUUGAGACUUAAGUAGAAGGGCUGACUUCAGACCGCCAACAAGUUCAGGACGCAGACCGGGUUCCAGGGCAGGAGGAACAGCCAGACAGCCAACAGCGAUGUCUCGAGCACCACCCACAGCUAUGAGACUAGGAACUGGGGCACCUGGUACAGCCCGGCCAGGUACACGUGGAGGUGCUGCAGGUGGCUCAGUGCUUGGUUCUCAAGUGAGGGUCGUUGACCGACCUAUGACCCAGCAGGGCCUGGGUGGCAUGAAGACAGGAGCUAAAGGUCCACAGAGACAAGUUCAAGACCGAUCCUUUUGGCUGGGCCAGCUACGGUCUAAAAUCCAGGAACUGCAGGCUGAGGUGACCAGGCUGACAAGAGAGAAGGAGAAUCUGGAACAGGAGAACUCUUCCUACCUGUCUUAUGAGAAAAGGGCUGAAACACUGGCCAGUGAACUCAGAGGCUUGCAAGGAGAGUUGGCAGACUACAAUAUGCUUGUUGACAAGAUAAAUACAGACACAGAGAUGGAAGAAGUCAUGGAGGAUUACAACAUGCUGAAAGUCCAGAAUGACAGGGAAGAAAAGAACAUGGACACCAUCUUUACUGAGAGAAGACAGAAAGAGGAACAGCUGAGACAGCUGGAACUAGAGAUUGAACAGCAGCGCCGUCUGACGGACAGCCUGGUUGAAGGCAUGAGUCCAGACAAGAAGGGCUUGUACAACCAGCUAAAGAAAGCAAACCUAACAUUGCUGGAGGAUCUGGAGAGACAACAGCAAGAGCUGGAUUCUCUUAAUAUGAAGAAGGAGAACCUGGAAGAUGAGCUGUCGACAUCUACGAUCAAACAGGAGGCUGUGCGUCUGUACGAGCAGCUCCACGAGCUGGAGGCGAAGCGGGAUAACCUGAUGGCAGAGGACCAGGCCAAGGGCUCGCCCGCCGAGGAGCGCGAGAAACUCCUCAAACAGGUGAAGGAGGACAACCAGGAGAUCGCCAGCAUGGACAGGCAAACAACAGAGAUCCGAGAAAAGAUCAACGCUCUGCAGGAGGAGAUCCGCCAGCUAGACAUGGACCUGGAGGAACACCAGGGUGAGAGAAACCUGAAGUACAAGGAGCUGAAGAAGAGAGAAGAAACCAUGGAUGAGUUCCUGAACAGCUUUGAACAGACCAAGGGUUCAGAACUGGAAACCAAAGGACAACUUGAGGGCAACAUUGUGGCACUACUGGAGGCUUCAAGCAGGAAAAUCACCCGCGCCAGACACCUGCCAGGUGUGACCCAGCAGCAGCUGCGGACUCUCCAAGACGACCUGAACUUUAAGGAGACGGAGAUGGAGAAGUCCAAGGCCACUGCCGCCAACUUGGCUGAAGAGAGUCAGAAACUCCAGAUGGACCUGGCUAAGGUGGAACAGUUGGAGACUAAGAUCACCACAGAGCUGGAGUCACUCAAACAGAAGAUACAACAGAUGAAUGAGGAACUGUCCACAUACGAAGACUUGGACAAACUGAAGCAGCAUCAUGAGGAGAAGAAAAGGAAACUCCAAGAGGACAAGGUGUUACUUAUGAAGAGGAGGGACAUGUUUAAAACAGGAAUGUCUGAGCUCUCGGCGCAGUACGACCAGCUGAAGGCACAGCUGAGCGAUAACGAGACCCACACCCAGCUGAGUAACCUCCAGCGGAAGUGGCAGCACCACGAGCAGAACAACUUUGUCAUGAAGGAGUUCAUUGCCACAAAGACGAUGGAGAGUGAUUUCCGUCCGACCAUGCAGAAGGUCACCAAGACUGUGGAGGAGUACAACAAGAUGCUGCAGGAUCAGCUGAGUGGACGGCCUGUAGCCUAACCUGGGACUCAGCAGGAGAUGGGACCUAACUGGGGAACACUCUUGUCUUCUCACAUAGCAAAACUGAUAUAGAGAUGGCGAUCUGUCAGAAUCAGCAAUUGUCUACGAGUCUAUUCUACGAUUGGAUUCUUUGUCGACAGAGAUCGCAAUCGGGAUAUAUCUCAGUGAAAAUGACUAUUCUACAUGGUAGAGAUCCUGGUUAGAGUCUCUGUAGAAGGCAUCUCUGAUUGCAUGCAGUCUCCACCAGUAGAGUCCUUGAUUCUGCCCGAUCGCAAUUUCUACCCUAAAAUGAAGCAAAGUAGCACCAUUGUAAUAUAUCUAUGAAUAAGUACUAGUACCCAGUAAGAGAUAACUUUCCUCACAUUCCAGUUUGUAAUCACACAUAUUUUCACUUUUGUGGAAUUAUUCAAAGUAUGGUUUAGAAGUUAACAGGAACAUAUGUUGUAAAUUUAUUCCUUAUAAAUGUGUGAGUUUGUUUGUAUAUUUGUGUGAAAGCUGGUAAUGUUUCUGUGCUCAGCAAGUGUACAAUUGAAAUAUCAUUUUCUUUUCAAAAUGAGUGCAAUUUUUCACAUAGUCUACUACAGUGAUAGAGGUUAUUAUGUUUUCUGACAUUUGUUUUUAGAAGUUGAGUAUAAAAAGUCUUUACGAAUGAUACAAAAGUCAUCAAAAAGCAUGUUGGAAAAUACAUUACUCAAGCAACAAC